GUGCUGAUGGCUGACUGUCUCUCUCGGGCUUAGGCUGGAACGACGCCAGGAGAGGUGGACGCCGCUCCACGAUGGGUUACACCAGGGCCUCUAGAGGGAUUUUGUGGCAGGAGAUUGAAUGUCCCCACGCCUGGUGCAGGGCGGAGUGAUGGAUGAGCAGUGAAAGCCCUUGUACGCAGCCACCAGACCCCUUUCAGUCGGGUCUCUCCCAGUGGCCCAGAGAUGCGUUUCCUCGAAGCCCACCAAGUUGCUCUCGGCUCUGGAUCUGUACUGGGGGCGGCGGGGGCAGGGGCUGCAACAGCUGGACGCCCCCUCGGGAACCGGUCUCCAGCCACCCCAGCAGAGGAAGGAGCAGCCAGGCAGAGGAGGACUUGAAGCCUCUUCUGAGAGCUCACGGACGACCACCGCCCUCUCAGAACUCCGAGCAUCACUCCUUCUUGCCUCACAGCCUGCCAGUGUCCCGUCUGGGGACACAGGGAAGCCUCUCUCUCAAGAAGUGGCCAAGGCAGGCUGGGCCCUCCAGCAACUCAGCAGAAGAGAAGGGGGGGGCCACUUGGAGCUUCUGGAACCCAGCCUCUUUCCUGGGCUGUAAAUGCCUGGGAGUCCCCAGCACAUUACCAAAUACAGAAGAAAGGAGUCCGUGGACCAUGCGCUGACCACGGCACCGUCCACCCGGGUGGGGCCGUCACGUGUGCCCUUGAACAGGGCACGCCUGGGCUGGCCACUCAUGAACCCCCAUCCUGUCUGCCUUUCUGGCUCUCUGUGGCCCUCUUCUGCCUCUGCAUUUUUGUAUCUUUUUCUCACUGCGUGGACCCCUUGUCUUUAAAAGGCUAAAUGCUCCGUACUAAAUUUGGUCACACAGCGCUCCAAGAUUCCCUGGAAUGUCCUCAAGUUUCAAACAGCUCUGACAGCGAGGCCGGCCCGCCCCCGCCUGGGGAUUGGCUUCUCCUCCUGGGCCCGGCCGUCGUCGGGCCUUAUUGGCUGCUGGUUGGACCAGCCGGGUCCACUAGCCCUGGGCCGGGAGGCUGCUGCACCCAGUUCACACUUCAGCGCCGGUGGCAGGCAGGGCAGGGGGGGGCCGCGGUCCUCGACCAGCUGGGGUCUGCUCCCAAGCCCACUCAGCUCCGUCCAGAUCGGCUCGCACCCUGUCCUGGCCCAGCAGGUGCCCCGCAGCCCACUCUGCCAACAUGUCGAAGGUAGCCAAGUACCGCCGGCAGGUAAGCGAGGACCCCGAUAUCGACAGCCUGCUGUCCACCCUGUCUCCCGAGGAGAUGGAAGAGCUGGAGAAGGAGCUGGACGUGGCGGAUCCCGACGGGAGCGUCCCCUUGGGGCUGCGACAGAGAAACCAGACGGAGAAGCCGUCCACGGGCACGUACAACCGGGAGGCCAUGCUCAACUUCUGUGAAAAGGAGACCAAGAAACUGAUCCAGAGGGAGAUGUCCGUGGAUGAGGGCAAGCAAGGCGAGACCAAGGCAGACGCCAAGAACGGAGAGGAGAGGUGCAGAGAUGCCAGCAAGAAGCCCCUGGGCCCCCGACGGGACUCAGACCUGGCGAAGGAGCCAAGAAAGGGCGUCUUGAAGAAAAGCUUCUCGAGAGACAAGGAGGAAGCCGAUGGCAAAAGUACAGAGAGGCCCAAGGAGGAGAAACUCAUCAGGGGCCUUGAGAAGGGACGGGUCAGGGCCGCCGUGGACAGGAAGGAGGCCGGGAAGGAAGGGCGGGCACAGGAGGGGACAGCCGCCCCCAGGAAGGACGAGGAGAGGCAGGGGCGUGACAGGAGCCCCGGUGCAAGCAGGGACAAAGGCAAGAAAGGAGAGGAGAAGAAGGAGGCCAGCAGGAGAGAGGAGGUGGCGAAGGUGAAGGGGCGUGGGAAGGAUGCGGACGCCCGGACCGAGGGCCAGGAGGUGGCGAGAGGGACAGACGCCCGGACAGAGCGCCAGGAGGUGAAGAGACGGAGUGGGGACACGGGCGCCAGGACGGAGGAGGAGAAGGCCAAAAAGGAGGAGCCCCCGCAUGCAAAGGCACCCCGAGAGGAGAGCAAGACCCCAGCACCGGAGCCCCCAGCCCCCGGGGCACCCCCAAAGCCGGCUGACGUGCCUGCCCAGGCCGGGGAGGAAGCGGCCCCCAGCAUCUUUGACGAGCCCCUGGAGCGGGUGAGGAACAACGACCCGGAGGUGACCGAGGUCAAUGUCAACAACUCAGACUGCAUCACCACCGAAAUCCUGGUGCGCUUCGCCGAGGCGCUGGAGUUCAACACCGCCGUCAAGGUCUUCGCCUUGGCCAACACGCGGGCCGACGACCACGUGGCCUUCGCCAUCGCCAUCAUGCUCAAGGCCAACAAGACCAUCACCAGCCUGAACCUGGACUCCAACCACAUCACGAGCAAGGGCAUCCUGGCCAUCUUCCGGGCGCUCCUCCAGAACAGCUCGCUGACCGAGCUCCGCUUCCACAACCAGCGCCACAUCUGCGGCGGCAAGACGGAGAUGGAGAUGGCCAAGCUGCUCAAGGAGAAUACCACGCUGCUCAAGCUGGGCUACCACUUUGAGCUGGCCGGGCCCCGCAUGACCGUCACCAACCUGCUCAGCCGCAACAUGGACCGGCAGCGGCAGAAGCGGCUGCAGGAGCAGCGGCAGGCGCAGGAGGCCCGCGGGGAGAAGGCGCUGCUGCAGGUGCCCAAGGCUGGGGCCCCCGCCAAAGGCUCCCCGAAACCCUCCCCGCAGCCAUCCCCCAAGGCCGCCCCCAAGAACUCUCCAGGGAAAGGGGGUGCCCCAGCUGCGCCCCCCCCACCCCCGCCACCCCUGGCCCCCCCACUCAUCAUGGAGAACCUGAAGAACUCGCUCUCACCAGCCACCCAGCGGAAGAUGGGCGACAGGCUUCUCCCUGCCCAGGAGAAGAACUCCCGGGACCAGCUGCUGGCCGCCAUCCGCUCCAGCAACCUCAAGCAGCUCAAGAAGGUACAGGUGCCCAAGCUACUUCAGUAGGAUCCCACCGCAGGCGCCGACCGCCCCCGCCACGCCCGCCCAGGCCCCGCCUCCCAGGGCCGCACAGACCCCGCCCACCGCGCCGGCUGACCUGCUCUGCCUGGGAGAGCUGGAGGCCUGGGCCAGCUCUGCGAAGGAUGCUCUCCUCGCUUUCUUUUCCUUGUCUCUGAGGCUCUCCUCAAAUGUCUUUUAAGCCUGGAGCUGAGGUUUCUGGACAAGAAGAGUCCUUUUAGCACGUGACCGAGAAGAGGGCCCGCCUGGGGCCUAUGUGGCUGGCUGGCAAGCUGCCAAAGGCCUGGGAUCCGGGAAAGGUGUCCCCCAGGGACCAUGCGACCCCCCCGGCCCCACUGCCCUCCAGGGCCAGGAUUCAGGCCUCUGAGGAGCCCAUGGGGCAAGGCUGCUGGGCUGGUGGGUCUCUGCGAGGGGCAGGGGCCCUAGGGGAGAGGGAGGAGGGGCUGAGGAUACCCCCAGCCCGCUCUGGGCUAAUGAGAGGCCAUGGCAGGGGCACCGGGCCUGGUGGGGAGUGGGCUCCAGAUGGGAGGAGAGGAUAGACAGCGGCUGGACCUGAAGGUUUGAGGCCAAAGCAGACAUUUCCUCACACCCACCUGCUGUUGUAUAAAUGGCUGUGUAUCUGUUUUUCCAUGAGAUUUUGAUAAUAUAUACAAGCCUUUAGCUGUGA